UUACUACAGAUGAAAAAAAGGGCUUCUGGGAUUUUGAAGUUGAUAGCUGCAGUGAGGGCAAUGGCCAAGUCAAAAGCUUUGGCUCUGAAGUCCAGGACGAACGCCAUGAAAGCUCGGUUGGUUAUAUUCUCGCUUGUGAUGAACAAGAGGUAUGUGAUGAGCACCAUUUCUGAUAAGUUCCAAUCUCUUCUGGGGCAUCAUCAUCAUUCACGUGUUAAAGAAGUUCAAGAUGUUGUUGAUAGCGUUGAGAACAAAUGCACCGUGGUGGUCAAUGACAGUGCACACUUAAGUGAGGUUGUUUCCGAUGUUGUUCCUGGUGAGACCCAUGUGGUAGUGGAGGACAAGAAUGAUUAUGAUUAUGAUGAUGGUGAAUGUGAAUGUUACAACGAUGAUGAUGACGGUGAUGAAGAUGAUGAUGAUGGCAACAAGUACCCGGAUCUUACACACACAAUGUUUGAGUCAGAGGAUUCGGAUAUUGGAGGGUCUGUCAUUGAAAUGGUGAAGAGUUCAAAGGAAGAAGCAGGGCAAGAGUUCAAGAUGGAGGAUGAAAUUGACCACAUGGCUGACCUUUUCAUCAGGAAAUUCCGCAAGCAAAUCUUGCUGCAGAAACAAGAUUCUCUUAACAGGAACAAUGAGAUGCAGAAGGUGCUUGAAAGUUGAAACUUGUAUUCAAAUUUUUUUUGUAUGUUGUAGUGGUGAAACCUCAUCUCUCCCGUUAUUAAUAUUUUAAAGAAAAUGGGAGUUUAUUUGCUCAGAAUGCUUUGCCUUUACAAGAACAAGUCAUGAAUGAGAAGUGGUUAUUUUCAAGAAGAAUAAAAUAGAACAUGUUGGGGUUGGAA